GCGCGCGCAAAAGAGCAAAUGGCGUGGGAAGCAUGCGAGAGAGAGAGAGAGAUGUUGACUGCAAACUCAUAAGAACUUGAUCGAUCGUUCUAAGUUGUCGCUAAUUUAUUCAAUAUUUCUCGACUAAUCUCUCUUCAGAUCUCAUCGGCUGAUCAUACAUUGAUUCCGCAGUUGACCAGGAACUAGCAGCGAUGGCAGUAGUUACUUCAGCUCCUGGGAAAGUAUUAUUGACAGGAGGAUACCUGAUUUUGGAGAGGCCAAAUCCUGGUUUGGUACUCAGUACAAAUGCUCGGUUUUAUGCAAUUGUGAAACCACUGCACGAGCAAACUGAGGCAGAAAGUGGGAGUGGGGAAUGGGUAGAUGUGAAACUGACCUCACCACAGCUUUCUCGAGAAAGUCUAUAUAAAUUAUCGCUUGAGAACUUUACCAUUCAGUCCAUCGGCUUGAGUGAGUCAAAGAACCUUUUCGUAGAACAUGCCUUGCAAUAUUCGUUGGCUGCUGCACAUGGAAUAUUUGACAAGAACAAGAAAGAUUCACUACACAGGUUGCUACUACAAGGUCUCGAUAUCACAGUUUUAGGAUGCAAUGAUUUCUACUCUUAUCGGAAUCAGAUUGAAGCACGUGGACUUCCUUUGACACCAGAAUCCCUGUUGUCUUUUACACCGUUUGCAUCAAUUACUUUCAAUGCUGAAGAAUCAAGUAGUGAAAAUUGCAAGCCUGAAGUAGCGAAGACAGGAUUGGGAUCAUCUGCUGCAAUGACGACUGCUGUUGUUGCUGCCCUACUUAAUUAUCUUGGAGUUGUAAAUCUUUCCUCAUCAAGAGGUCAAGACAAAGAAAAUGAUAGUAAGGAUCUUGAUAUCGUGCAUGUUAUAGCCCAAACUGCUCACUGCAUUGCACAGGGAAAAGUUGGAAGUGGAUUUGAUAUCAGUUCGGCAGUCUAUGGCAGCCAACGUUAUGUUCGUUUCUCACCUGACGUGCUUACCACUGCGCAGACAGCAGUUAAAGAACCACUAGAAGAGGUCAUUGUCGGUAUCUUAAAAGGAAAGUGGGACCACGAAAGGACUGAGUUUUCUUUGCCUCCACUAAUGAAUCUUUUAUUAGGGGAACCAGGAGCAGGAGGAUCAUCUACACCAUCGAUGGUAGGUGCUGUUAAAAAGUGGCAAAAAUCUGACCCUCAGAAAUCUCAAGAAACAUGGAAUAAGUUGUCAGAAGCAAAUCUCGAUCUCAAGAGGCAACUAAAUUUACUAAGAAAAGUUGCAGCAGAACAAUGGGAUGUGUAUAAAUGCAUCUUAAGCAAAUGCAGCAUGCUUGGAUCAAAAAAGUGGAUGGAACAAGCUACUGAACCAAACCAACAAGCCAUUGUUAAAGCGCUGUUAGGGGCAAGAGAUGCCAUGCUCGAAAUACGAAAUCAUAUGCGGCAAAUGGGCGAAGCUGCAGGCAUUCCAAUUGAGCCCAAGUCACAAACUGAGCUAUUGGAUAGAACAAUGGAAUUGGAAGGAGUUUUGGUGGCUGGAGUUCCAGGGGCAGGUGGGUUUGAUGCUGUUUUUGCUAUUACAUUAGGUGAUUCUAGCAGCCAUGUGAUUCAGUCAUGGACUUCACUCAAUGUUCUUGCCCUCUUGGUUAGAGAAGAUCCCAAUGGAGUUGCUCUAGAAUGCGGUGAUCCUAGAAGUAAGUGUAUGGCACCUUCUGUUUAAACCCAACUUUUCUAUCGUGUUCCUUUUAUUAUGUUUUCAUCUUGUAGUUUGAUGGAUAAUGGAUUGGGGUUUUAUCAUUUUAACUGCUUUGAUCAUCAGAUUUUUUUGAGAAUAUAUAUUGGUUAAAUUAUAAUUUGGUCC